AGUAGCAGUUGCAGCGCUAGGCUCGAGCUAUUCAGGUGCGGUAGGAUCUUGAAGGAGUUGUACUGAAGAAACACUGGAAGCUUUGCUGUGAGAAGUGGUCAGGACACACAGUUUUCUCUAGUGAAGCAAACUGAUGGAGAACCAGUGCUCACCAUGUACCUCUUUGUGCUUUCCUUUUGUUCUUUGCUACUACUGAGCCUUCAGCAAGAUCCUGGUGCAGUAUUUCAGCGACGUCGUUCCUUAAUUAUUGAUGGCAAAGAGGAUGAAGAUGUUACAAUUCCUUGUCUUUUGAAGGAUAAAAACAAUUCCAGUCCUCUUUUGGUCAGAGCAGAUGGUAAACCUUUGCCUCAAGGUCUGAGCUUCACUUCUGAUAUUAAUACUGGAGUAACUAUACAUAAAGUUCAGAGACAUUUUGAAGGAAAGUACAAAUGCUCAGUCACAAAGAAUGACAGGACUGUGUUGUCUGAAGAUUACCAGCUGGAUGUUGAACCAGUUCCCAAGGUUCCUCCAGAAGUGAGUGUCACAAAACAUGAAGAAGUUCUAAAAGCAGGAGAACAUUUUCACGUAGUCUGUAUAAUAAAAGAUGUAUUCAGUACAGUCUCAGGGCAGUGGCUUUCACCAAAUAAAACUCCUCUUCGUGUUGAAAACAGAGCCCGUUUUGUUGAUGGCAACUAUAAAAAAGAAAUAGGUUUGGUCAUACCUUCUGUAACAGUCAGUGACUCCGGGUUGUAUACCUGCCAUGCAGGCAAUAUCCGUGGAAUAUCAGAGUCGACAGUAUUUCUGAAAGUAGUAGAAAGAGGAUUUAUUAACGUCACAUCUCCUGAGAAUACCGUUUUAUAUGUUAAUGAAGGAGAGAGUCAAGUGUUAGCAGUGCAUUUAAAUGCCUACCCAAGGCCAGAAGAAUGUUACUGGAUGUAUAAUGACCAGAUACUGCCAAAUUCCUCUGAGAACUGUGCUGAAUCUAUGCAAGAAGAUGGAAGCAAGAUAACCGAGUAUACUAGUGAGCUUAACCUUGUCCGGUUACGAGGAACAGAAGCGGGUACUUACACAUUUUUUGCAUCCAACUCAGACACCAACUUCUCUGUGACAUAUAAGGUCUUUGUCAAUACUAAACCAGAGAUCCUCACAAGUGAAGGUCUGGAAAAUGACCAGGUCCGAUGUGUUGCCACAGGAUUUCCAGCCCCACAGAUAAUGUGGUAUAUUUGUGCAGGGGCACAAAACCGAUGUAUGGAUACACCUGGUGCUUCCCAAGAGAACAGACACAUCAUGUCUAGAAAUGUGUCCACUCCUGCCUUUGGAAACAUCGAAGUUGAGAGCACUGUGGCAUUGUCUAAUAAACAGAAUCAUAAGACCACUAUAGAAUGCGUAGCCUACAAUGAAGCUGGACAAAGUUAUGCCGUCUUCAGGAAUAACAUUGAAGAGAGGACUCAUGCCCUUUUUACCCCAUUGCUGAUUGGUUUCGUAGCAGCGGCUGUUUUGCUGUGUAUCAUUGUAUCAGUUCUCUCCUACAUGUAUCAGCAGAAACCCAAGUACCAGGUUCAGUGGAAGGUGAUUGAGGAGAUAAAUGGAAAUAACUAUGUUUAUAUUGACCCUGCUCAGCUUCCAUAUGACUACCGCUGGGAGUUUCCAAGAGACAGGCUCCGCUUUGGUAAAACUCUUGGUUCUGGAGCAUUUGGAAAAGUUGUUGAAGCUGCUGCUUAUGGACUGUCAAAAACUGAUCAAGUCAUCACAGUGGCUGUUAAAAUGCUCAAACCAAGUGCACAUUCUACUGAAAAAGAAGCCUUGAUGUCAGAACUUAAAGUACUAAGUUAUCUUGGCCAGCACAUGAAUAUUGUUAACCUGCUAGGAGCUUGUACAACAGGAGGUCCUACUCUUGUUAUUACAGAGUAUUGUUGUUAUGGUGACCUUCUGAACUUUCUGAGAAGGAAGCGAAGCUCAUUUGUUUGUACCAAACCUGGGUCAGACAGCCGAAAUACAGCUGUUUAUAUGAAUCUUGCAUCCCAGAAAGAAACAACCAGUAAUGUCUCGGGUGAAUACAUGGUAAUGAAGCCAGCUCCUCCUGGGGUCUCUCCUCUAUCGUCGAAUAAGACAAAAAGACGUUCACAAAGGCAAGGAUCUUGGAAUGAUGACGACAUUCACACAGAUCUUUUGGAGGAUGACUCAGUUGCUUUGUCUGUAGAAGAUCUUUUAAGUUUUUCUUACCAAGUUGCCCAAGGCAUGAACUUCCUUGCUUCUCGAAAUUGCAUUCAUCGAGAUUUGGCAGCUCGGAACAUUCUUCUUACUCAUGGACAUAUAGCCAAAAUAUGUGACUUUGGCCUUGCCAGGGAUAUCAAAAAUGACUCCAACUAUGUUGUGAAAGGCAAUGCUCGUCUUCCUGUGAAGUGGAUGGCACCAGAGAGCAUAUUUGACUGUGUGUAUACAUUUGAGAGUGACGUCUGGUCCUAUGGGAUAUUGCUGUGGGAAAUAUUCUCAUUAGGAAGCAGUCCUUAUCCCGGAAUGCCAGUAGACUCCAGGUUUUAUAAGAUGAUAAAGGAUGGAUGCCGGAUGUGCAUCCCUGAUUUUGCAUCCCCUGGAAUGUAUGAAAUAAUGAAAACUUGUUGGGACUCGGAUCCUUUAGCAAGGCCUUCAUUUAGAAAGAUUGUGGAGAUGGUGGAAAGGCAGCUUUCAGAGAGCACAAAGCAUACUUACAUAAACCUUGCAAACGAGUUUGCCAACAGGGAGCAAACUUUGACACGGCGUUCUGUGCGCCUAGAUUCUGUGGUUAGCAACACUGGGUCUACACAGCCAAUUCUGGUACAUGAAGACGUGUUCUAUGAAGAUGAACAGAGUCCGAGGAGACAUCAUGUCUAGAAAAAAGUGCCCUUCUCCAGCUCCUUUAUAGGCACCAGCUUUCUUCUUUUUUGAAGGAAAUGAGCAGCGGCAUAAAAUGGUCGCACUCGCUGCUUGAAAGAUUAGGCCUAUCCCUCAGAGAUUCAGUACUUGCAUUUAUGUAGACAAAAUCGAAACUGAACUUGUCAUCAAUGUUUUUGUUUGAUUUCAUAAAGUGCUGUUCAAAAAUGUUCUGUUGAUUAUGUUCUGAGCUGAAAAGAGGUUCAUUUUUAUAAUGACUGAAUGUGAUUUUAUUUGCAAUAUUUCUGUAUUAAUAUUUUCCUUGUAAAUGAUUCGUAUGAACAGAGGGAUGCAGCUGCAGGCAUUUCUGCAGCUGUUAAGAGACUAGUCUACUAAACGUAGUUCAUAUUUAGAGACAGAUGAAAAAAGUGUGCCUUUCUAAUUUCAGUGAUGACGUGAAGUUUAGAGUUGCUGAAUCUCUCCAACACUGGCAGACUUUGUAGGACAAAAUGCUUUAUGUAAGGACUGCGUUUUUUUAGUCUGCUGUGAAUUACUGAACUGCAAAUGUGUCCUUUGCAGUUUGUUAUAAGAUUCAAAUCACGUUGCAGUUUUCCUAUUACAUGGCACUUUUUGAAUGACUGCUGCUGUUGCAUUUCAGUAGAGUGCUUUAAAACACAGUGGACUUUUAACUGUGACCUGGUGCUUCAGAUAGGUACUAGCAUACAUAAAAGAAUGUUGUUCCCUUCCUUUGUUAUUUCAAACAUCUGAAGCUGCAUUUGUUGCAGUUGUAUAUUAGCUGCUUGUAGCAUGCACAGUGCUUUAAGCAGGUUCUGAGGCAGUAUAUAGUAGCAUUUUCAGAAUUAUUUAGUGCUUUAAACAGGUUGUGAUAUGACACUGGGACUGAAAUUGUAUAGCUAGCUAUUAUUUAGUAAUUUCUUUACUGUUUGUCUUUUGUUAAAGUACUUAACCAGGGCAUGAAGAUACCACAGUGAGACUGAAAGUGCUAUUAUUUUGUAAUAUCUGUACUGAAGAUCCUUUCUUCCAGUACUUAACAAAGGCAUUGCAGCCUGCAGGCUAGGGCUUGAUGCAUGUCUUAUGGCAGGUUGCACCUUUAGUGUACAUUAUUAGGUACUUCAGGUAGGUACUUAAAACUGUGCAUUAUAAGCCACCUAGUGAGACACUGAAAUGUUCUGUACAGUUACAGUUUUCAAGAUGCUCUGUGUUUUUUACUGUAUAUAUUAUUCCUGCAGUAUCAUUUCCUUUGUUUGCUUGUAAUAGCUCAUUCCAAAAAUGCCUGCUGUAUACACUCUAGCUUAAUAUGUUGGGAUCUCCUUCUUAGCAAGAUUUAUUGUUAUCAUUUUUGUGUGUUAUACUGUUCCAUGUGAUAAUCCAGUACCACUGAGUGUGCAUUGGCUGAAGAGCAGGAGCUUUGUGCUGUCAGCUUCAUCAGAUGGAUACUGCAUUUUGUUUCAAGUACACUUUCACAUGUAUAUGUGUGUAUGUGUCCAUGUCCUGAAAGACUAAAUGUUUUUCUCAGUUAUUUUUCAAUUGUAUGGGAACCUACCUUAUAAUAAUGUGAAGCACCUGAAACUAUGGGCUGUCUGAUAAACACUGAAAAAUACCAAGAUUGUUUUACAGAAUAUGUUCACUGGAUAUCUGGAUAUGGAAAGUUAGUUGAUUUCAUGACUAUUUUGUUGUAAAUCUGUACCUAAGUCAGUGCUUGCUGAGUCUGUGACAGUGAAUGCAUUAUGGUUAUGUGGAGCAGAUGCUGCGACAUAACAAGGAAGAACAGUAGACUUUGUUAACAUGGAGACCCAGUUACUUCAGUCUUAAUCAGAGCUCUGAAAACUAUAAAAAGGGAUGUCCACAUCUGAUCUAUUGUCCGAAAACAGUUGCUUUGGAAAUGUGCAUAUCUCUUCCUUUGGACUGUGUUGUUCAUGUAUCGCAUGCAUUUUACUUCUUCACUUUGUGAAACCUCAGAGCUGCAUUUUGAGUCUGAGAUAAUACUCAUUUGAAGAAAAUGACCACUUGUUUGAAAAGUGAAAAGAAAAAAACAUAUGCAUCAGUAGAACAGCACCAAAGUCUCAAAGAGCUUUCAAAGCAACUCCAGUUGAUUACAUCAUGUUCCCUUUGACAAAACUUUGACCAUUAAGUACUUUGUGCCAUAUUCUGAGUUACAAGUGGUCUGUAUGACAAAGCCUUAACAGUAAUGGAAGCAGACUGGCACAGGUUGCUUGGGGUCCAUUAAAAGAAAAUGGGACAAGCUGAUGCCUAGAAAUAAAGACUCCCAUUAUCAAGAUCCAUGGAAAAGAAUGCCACGCAUUUAUAAGAAACUCACUAAGAAGCUUUGGAUGUGUUUUUUAUUAAACUAACUGACAUUUUACAGGGUAACAGACUCCAGAUUCUGACCACUGCAAAACAUAUUGCAUUAUAUAGGGCCUUGUGGCAGUGUGUAAUGUGGUCGUGACUGUCACUCAUGCAGAGUACUGUGGAUUCUGUUCCAUUUAUUUCUUGUGGCAUCCCUCUGUAUUCUGCAUGCCGUUAUCACUGAUCCUGGCUUGUCAGCUCUCUCUCAGAUUUAACAGAAAGUCGUUUUUCAGAAAUGCUGUGGCAAAAUACUAUGAUCUUUAGGUUUGCAAGAGUUGGACCCAAGAACUUUCCAGAAGAAGUGAAUGGAGAAAGGAGUUGGAACUGAAGUCCAAACACUUCCUGUCCAAUAUAACCUUUGGUUUCAUAAUUAUUGUGUUGCAUGCUGUAUUAUAAUAUAAGGCAAUGAGGUUUCUAACCUUUGCGUGACACAAGGCACUUUUGACACUAGCAGGUUUCACCCAUUAUUCCUGAAAGUUGUUUGUUUUGUUGUUCUUUGCCUUACUCUGUUUCUGUGUUUUCAUUUUCCCUUUAUUUAAAUGUGAAGCAUUGUCAGGUCCUUUCUAGGAGAUACUCGUGUAUUAAUAAUUAGCACUUGUACAGAUUACUGCUACAGCAAUAUAGUGGUGAACCUAUCUCAAACCCCUUGAUAUUAAUUUUUCAAAAGGUUUCUUUUGGUUUUGUGUACAGUACCUCAGUAUGCAUUCUGGUCUUGUGGGCAGAUUUCUCUGUGUUGGAUUAUGGUAAACUCUUCCGUGUUUCAUAUGUCAAUAAUUUGGUACAGUAGAAUAUCCUGCAGUGUUGUCUGUAAGGACUGUAGUAAGUUCUACAGCCUUUCUCCUUCACUUCAAGUUAAGUUAAUGAUAAUGUUCUUUAUGAGUGGAAUCACAUAGCUGAGAUCUGUGAGCCUGAAGGAAACCUUUUGAAAAUCUGGUUAUCUUAAUGAAUAUGGUUGUAUAUGUAAUGUCUCACACCUAAUUCUGAUACAGAUUUUUGUAUGUAUAUUUAUUUUUUUAUUUAACUUGCUGAAGCUUUAUUGCACAUUUCACAGUAUGUUACUGUGUGGAGAACGAAUUCUUGAUCUCAUUUUAUGGUGUGAGGUACACCAAAAGCGAUAGAGAAAGGCAGCUGAAAUCUGUUUCAAUAAAACAGGGAAAAUGGUAGUUAAUUUUACAUAGGAUACCCAUCCAUAUGUGUUCAUGGUUUGAUUAAAAUUACAGUGCAUCAAAUGUAUGUUGUUUUUAUACUCAAGUUACCUACCAUAUUUCAUUUAAAAAAAACAAUAUAUGAGGAAAAUGCAGAACAUGCAAAGCUGGUUCAUGCUUUUCACUGACCUUUAAACUGUUUAUCAGUGCCCUGUAAGACACAGUGAUGUAACAAUACAUAUUUUAUUUGUUAUCUGUGCCUACAUGUAGCAUUGUAAUUUUCUGUUUUUGGUUUGAAUUCUGGAAAACCAUGCAGCUGCGUACUGAAGGUUGUUAAGUUAUUUACUGUUGUCAUCUUGGCAUGUCAUCUGUGAUUCUUGUAAACUUCCUGAAUCUGUGUAUAUAGUUGAACAUAAUUUGUUAAGAUGUUUUGUGUAUAUUUGCUGAAAAUUGUUUUAGUACAUCAUUAAACUAUAUUUUACUUUCCAAAAUCAAAACCUGAAGAGGGUUUUAUUGAUCAAAUACUGUGAUUUUUCUGUAAACUAUUAAUCAAGAAUUUGCUUUACAUUAAAAUUAAAACACUUUAUAAUCAUUUGGAA